ACAGUCCGCCACAGUCCGGAAGGUAGCGCUGGAACCUUCCGUCAGCAGUUUUGUUUAUUUUUAGUUGAUUCGUACGGUGGAAGGUUUUGGUGGUUUGCUGUUAUGGUGCGUCGAUUGCAUGGCGGGCAUUAACUAGCUACGCCAGCGUGCCAAGUUUCGCAUAAACUCUGCUGACAGUACUGAGAAAGUAGUGCACUUUGUACAUUGUUGUGAACAACUGCCGGACACGCUGGAGAUACUAAGAAUAGUUAGGGGUGUUAGUGUUUAUCUGACGCUCACAGGCCACCCAGUGGACAAACAAGAGUUCUGGACGGUACGGUAUCCCAAGAGUGCAUCCUGUGGCAUUGUAAAUCCUUGGAGAGUCCGCCAACUACCACAAUAAAAUUGAAAACAGAUUUUAUUGCUACAACCGUACCGUGUAUUGGAGGCUUGCAUUUGCAACGCGCUAAAAGUGUUGCGGACGAGGCAAAACAUAAUUAAGUGAAAUGAUUCCUGCUCAGCGACUGCAAAACACCAAACCUAUCGGACGGGACCUGGCCAACCGCUACAAUGUAACCCACCUCGAUAGCAUCCGUUUUGCGGUCGUACUGCAACCGACCCUGCACCACCGACGGUGGCUCAGGCACGUGUAGAGUGUUGUGCCGGGUGGGCUUCCAGCAUUAAUCCAGCAGCUGCCAACGGAAAUUUUAGAGCACAGCACCCCAACACUGCAUCCCAAAAACCCUAGCGCGCCGGCUAGUACCGGCACGAGCAAAGCAAACAGAUAAAGAGUCACUAAAUUGUGUGGCCAGUAGCAACGUUGCGUUGGAAGGGAAGCACACAUUAAAAGCAUAAGCUGCCGCGCGAAGAAAUAGUUAUCUGCCGUGCACUGGCCGGAAACCCGCAGCACAGCAUUGCCGGGCGCGAAGAAACUAACACGAAACAGCCAACCACCAUGAAGUCUGCCAUCCUGUAUCCGUACGGUCCGCUGCGCGCUAAUGGUUGCUGCCGGAUGCUGCACGCCAAACAUUUGGCACUAACGAGCGCCAUCUACACCCUGAAUAUUUCCAUCCUGGUUGUGCUGCUGUACUCGUGGCGCAUCAGCGUAAACGUGAAAAAGUACGGCGACCUGGAGGAUGUGUACUACGGUGUACAGAUAGCCUACUUCGCCAUCAUCGGUACGCAAUGUUCGAUGAUCCUGCUCAGUGUGGUGCUUAUUUUUGGAAUCUAUCGGGAAAACAUAGGUCUGGUCGUACCGUGGAUAAUCGGAUUCAUCACCUUCAUGGCACUGGAAGCGGUCGCAAUGGUUUACUCGAACGUACUGCGAGAUCACGUGAACCGGCAGUUUGAUUCGCUCUGCAAGGCGGAGGUAGCAUUCUUCAUAUCGCGAGCUGUCAUCAACAUAAUGGCCAUGUGGGCGGUAACACGGUUCUAUAAUCUGUUGCGUGCGGGCGUUACCUGGAAGGGACCGGAGCUGAUCGAGCUAUGACACAACUCGAACGAGACGGAAAAGACGCUAG